AUGCUCAUGGUCCAUCGCUUUCGACGUACUGGGCGCUUCCAGCAUGGGUCUGCUUCCGGACCCCAAGAAUGCAGCCAGCCUCUCGCUAUUGAAAGGCACACAGGCCCAGGUGGACCUGAUCUUGGAAAGAAUAAACGCAAUAAGUACGGAGAACGACUACGAGAAAAGCUUCGAGGCCAAGUUCGUCAAGGCAUCAGAAGCCGUCAAUAUGGAUGUGGCAGCCUUCAAGUUUUUGCAGAUACUGCUCAUUACGGGCGUGGCUGCUUUUCAGAAUCUCGGAUGCACAGUGUUCAAACAAGGUGGCCAAGCUUGGACACUUCCGUACAUAUUGCUAGAGAUGAUCUCAAGCUCAACUGUCGGAUUCAAUCUUGGUUGACAAGGAUUCACAACCUGGCCAAGUUCCUCCAAAGGCUGGGGUCUCGUCCGGGGAACUGA